AUGUGGCAGCUUGAGCUGCAGCUCUGGCUUACAGACAGCCAAAGGUUGAGAAUCUGCCCAGUUAGUCGGGCCAUCCGAUUUGUUCAUGGAUCAAGUCAAUUUUCCCAGGCUGGGGUAGUAGUCAAUAGAAGGGGACCGGCUGGGGUAAUAGUCAAUAGAAGGGACUGGUGGCCCAGAGGGAUACAGAAGAAGUAUACAUUAAUACAUUGGGCCAGGAUUGACAAAUCUCCGUAUUAUACAAGUGAACGGACGUACAUAAUAUCCCGUAUGAUACAGGCCAAUGGACCAUGGGCCGAUGGUAAAAAUAUCCUCGACUAUGACAGAUGGGCCGGGAGGGAUAUUAUUCUCGAUGGAGACGGAUGGGCCAAGGUAGUUGGAUAUUAUGUAGAUGGGUGUACCAAGGUAGAUGGGUGGGCCGAGGUUGUUAUAUCAUAUAUUAUAUUACACAGAACAUUUGAAAAACAUAGAAAAAUGAGGGGAAAUUUCUAUCUUCUCAAUCAAUGUUUUUUGGAUGUUUGGUGGAGGAAAAUGGGAAAAUGCCUGCAGUGUGAGGGUGUUAUAUCAUAUAUUAUAUUAGACGGGUGGGCUGAGUGUGAAUGUGAAACCGAUUCUGAACAGUCAUUUGAUCAUUCAAAUAAUGAAGAGAAAGAGGAGAAGUUGCUUGAGAGAUGUCCUCCUGGCCAUGAGGGGACAAAGUUGGUCGACAUACCCACCACAAUUCUCAAUGUAUCCGGUACCAUCAUCACAUGGUACCUCCCAGACACCCUGACAGCUGCAACCCAGAGGAAAAUUUGGGCAGCCACCGAUCUGCUCACUCCAGAUCUGGAAAAAGUCUCUGAAGAUGUUGGCUUAACUCCCGGGUGCAUGAAAUUAUCUCCAGCGUGGUUUCAACAGGGGCACGAGAAUCUGUCAGAUCCAGAGGUAUCUGCAUCAUUGAAGGGACCAUUCAGUGAGAAAAUCCUCAAAGCCAUUGCGAGGCCAACAGCCAUCACAUCAGCGGCAUUCAGGGUGAUGCAUCCGGAGCAGUACUGGGCAGGGUUACGAGCCUUUGCAGGCCUUGGAGAAAAGGCAGAAAGCAAGGAACUGCCACAGAUGUCUGAGACCCUCCAGUACUGGGCAUCCGUGUUUAACUCCCUCUCCAUCAUUUCCAAUUGGCAAACCCCAAAUCAUCGAGACCAUUUAUCCAUUCCGGAAUGCUUCGAUAUUCUCACCACUGUGGGGAAUUAUUCCAAUGCUCACAUUAGUAUGCCAAGCCUUCAGCUGGAGUUCAGAUACAAUCCUGGCUGUAUGGUUGCAUUUUUUUCCGGAAGGAUUGUUAGACAUGGGGUUCAUGAAGUGGAAGGGGAUCAGGUUGCAUGGGCAUGGUAUAUGAGGGAUUCUGUUCAUAUUUGUGCCGGGGUUCCCUCAUGUGGAUGGGCUAGGGUGGAUUGCCCACCCUGA